AUGACGCGCCAAAUAUCGACCUCCCUAAGAUUACGGUUUCUCUUCACCCUCGUGUUUGGUGUCUUGCCGCGCGCGGCUUUUAGGGUUCCAGGGGCCAUCAUCCGCGCAUGGUUGAGUAACCUGCCUCUAGGACCGGCCAUCUGGAAUGCAUUUGCCGGCUCUAUGAUGGUCACCAUCCCACCUGCCCAGCUUCAGGCAAUUCUACCAUCCACUUUCGACACAUAUAAUGCAUGGACGCUAGCUCAUGGGGACAACCCCCGGGUGGAUGUUUUGUCUGCCGACAAUUCAACUCGGCUGUUAUGGAUUGGAACAAAGAAAGCGAACAAGGUGGUUCUUUUCUUCCACGGCGGAGGCUAUGUGAUGCCCCUUUCUGACGGACACCUGGACUGGAUGGGGCAUGUCAGAAACGAGGCGGCCGAUUAUGGGAUUGAACUCAGUGUUUGCAUUCUCGAAUAUGGUUCGUGGCACGAUAUUGACGGAAAUGACACGGCGUAUACUGACGGCGCAGGCCUGGUACCCGCCAACCCGUAUCCAAGGCAGAUGGUGCAGGGAAUCUUUGCACUUAAGCAUCUCAUUGCCUCUGGAUGCAGACCAUCGGACAUUGUCUUCGGAGGAGAUUCGGCAGGAGGACACCUGUCCCUAAGCAUCUUGGCUCAUCUGCAUCGCCAUCGUCCCUCUGAACUGGCAGCAGAGAGUGUAAUUGACCAAGAUGAACCAGUGAAAGGAUGCUUCCUUGUAUCACCAUUAUCAUCAUUCAACUUCUGUACCCCCUCCUACAAGAGAUGGUUCAGUGCUGAUAUUUUAAGCCAAAAUGUUGUGAAGAAAUGGGGUAUGCACCUUGUGGGAUAUUCUCCCUGGCAGCAGGAGAUCUCUGCUGGUAAUGGCUGGGCAAUGGCCCUGGAUGUUCCUGAAAGCUGGUGGGAGGGCUUUGAGGCUGUCCAAGGUAUUCUUGUGACAGGUGGCUACGAAGAGGUUUUCAGCAACCACGUACAGCAGUUGGGCGAGAUGCUGAAGAGGAAUAGUAAAGGGAAAGUGACGCUGCACAUGGCGAAUGAAGCUCACGAUGGACCUUUGAUGGACUUUGCGGCAGCGAGACCUCCGAGUGGAACAACGAAGACCAUUACGGACUUUGUGAUAUCUUGUUUUAAAGAUUAA